AUGGAACGUAACAUCUGCUACGAAGAUCUUGAGAUCACAGCAAAGCUGGCGGCCGCACUUGCUUGGAGGUUCACUGCUGCCAAUGGCAGCAGUCUAGCCAGUAAUGAUAUGGAAAGAAAUGGGGAUGCUAAACCUCAUGAUAUGGAGCCUCCAACUCCACAUUCAAUCAUGAAGACAUCUUCAAGAGAUCGUAGUAGCAUGGAGGAUCCAGAUGGGACGUUAGCAAGUGUUGCUCAAUGCAUUGAGCAGUUACGGCAGAAUUCGUCAUCCAUGCAAGAGAAAGAACAUUCGCUUAAGCAAUUGUUGGAGCUUAUUGAUACACGAGAAAAUGCAUUUAGUGCUGUUGGCUCACAUUCUCAAGCUGUUCCAGUACUUGUUUCUUUACUUCGUUCUGGCUCACUCGGGGUAAAGAUGCAGGCUGCUACAGUUUUGGGUUCUCUGUGUAAAGAGAAUGAACUGCGAGUGAAAGUACUAUUAGGUGGUUGCAUACCGCCACUCCUUGGUCUUCUCAAGUCAAGUUCAGCAGAAAGUCAAAUUGCAGCAGCAAAAACCAUAUAUGCUGUGUCUCAAGGUGGUGCAAAGGAUCAUGUUGGCUCAAAAAUAUUUUCAACUGAAGGAGUUGUGCCAGUAUUAUGGGAGCAAUUAAAAAAGGGACUAAAAGCUGGAAACAUAGUUGACGACUUGCUAACAGGAGCUUUAAAAAACCUUUCAACCAGCACUGAGGGAUUCUGGUCUGCAACAGUACAAGCUGGAGGAGUGGAUAUACUUGUUAAACUACUGAAUAAUGGACAGCCAAGUACUCAGGCAAAUGUCUGCUUUCUCCUUGCUUGUAUGAUGAUGGAGGAUUCUUCUGUUUGCGCGAGAGUCUUAGCUGCAGAGGCCACCAAACAACUUCUUAAACUACUUGGAUCUGGCAAUGAAGCCCCAGUUAGAGCAGAAGCUGCAGGUGCUCUUAAAUCUCUUUCUGCCCAAAGCAAAGAAUCCAGGAAGGAAAUAGCAAAUUCCAAUGGUAUUCCUGCUCUGAUAAAUGCUACUAUAGCUCCUUCAAAGGAAUUCAUGCAGGGUGAAUACGCCCAAGCUUUGCAGGAGAAUGCGAUGUGUGCCCUUGCAAAUAUUUCUGGUGGCUUGUCAUAUGUCAUUUCAAGUCUUGGUCAAAGCCUUGAAUCUUGCACCUCACCUGCACAAGUAGCUGAUACAUUGGGAGCUUUAGCUUCGGCUCUCAUGAUAUAUGAUAGCAAAGCAGAAAAUUCAAGAGCAUCAGACCCUUUGGAGGUGGAAGAAACAUUGGUUAAGCAAUUUAAGGCCCGCUUACCCUUUCUAGUGCAGGAGCGUACUAUUGAAGCACUUGCCAGUUUGUACGGGAAUACUGUACUAUCUAGCAAACUUGCGAAUUCUGAUGCAAAACGCUUAUUGGUUGGUUUGAUCACAAUGGCCGCGAAUGAAGUUCAGGAUGAGUUGAUAAGGUCUCUUCUCUUCCUAUGCAAAAAUGAAGGUAGCUUAUGGCAUGCACUACAAGGUCGUGAGGGAAUUCAGCUGUUAAUCUCACUUCUUGGGCUCUCAUCAGAGCAGCAACAGGAGUGUGCUGUUGCUCUUCUUUGUCUUUUAUCCAAUGAGAAUGAUGAAAGUAAGUGGGCCAUUACAGCAGCUGGUGGCAUACCUCCACUUGUUCAAAUUCUGGAAACUGGGUCUGCCAAAGCUAAGGAAGAUGCGGCAACUAUCCUUGGAAACCUCUGUAAUCACAGUGAAGAUAUCCGUGCGUGUGUUGAAAGUGCUGAUGCUGUUCCUGCUUUAUUGUGGCUUCUGAAGAAUGGUAGCUCCAACGGGAAGGAGAUUGCUGCAAAGACACUGAACCAUUUGAUUCACAAAUCAGAUACUGCAACUAUUAGUCAACUCACUGCACUAUUGACUAGUGAUCUUCCAGAGUCUAAGAUUUAUGUCUUAGAUGCAUUAAAAAGUUUGCUCUCUGUGGCCCCUCUGAGCGAUAUGUUGCGUGAAGGUAGUGCAGCAAAUGAUGCAGUUGAGACGAUGAUAAAGAUAUUAAGCUCCACCAAGGAAGAGACUCAGGCCAAGUCUGCUUCAGCUCUUGCUGGAAUUUUCCAUCUCAGGAAGGACUUGCGAGAAAGUAGCCUUGCUGUCAAAACUUUGUGGUCACUCAUGAAGCUUCUGAAUGCUGAACCUGAAACCAUCUUAGUGGAUGCGUCGCGCUGCCUUGCUGCAAUAUUUCUCUCUAUUAGAGAAAGCCGUGACAUUGCAGCAAUUGCUAGAAAUGCAUUGCCUUCAUUAAUGGUGCUUGCAAAGUCCUCAGUCUUACAAAUUGCAGAGCAAGCAGUAUGUGCUUUGUCCAAUCUUCUUUUGGAUCCCGAGGUGUCUGAGAAAGCAAUUCCUGAAGAGAUUAUCUUGCCUGCUACUAGAGUUCUUCGUGAAGGCACAACUGGUGGAAGGAUCCAUGCUGCCGCAGCAAUUGCUCGUCUUCUUCAAUUUAGUCAGGUUAAUCCUGCCUUAACUGAUUGUGUUAACCGUUGUGGAACAGUUCUUGCAUUAGUUUCUUUCCUAGAAUCAACUGGCAGUGACUCUCUUGCUAUAUCAGAAGCUUUAGAUGCACUUUGUUUCCUUUUAAGGCUGGAAGGAGCUAGUGGUAUCAAACCUGCAUGGGCAGUUCUAGCUGAAUACCCUAAUAACAUAAUUCCAGUAGUUUCAUGCAUUGCUGAUGCCUCACCAGUUUUGCAAGACAAAGCUAUUGAGAUAUUGUCAAGACUCUGCCAAGCUCAGCCCACUGUUCUUGGCGAUGCUAUUGCUUGUGCCUAUGGAUGCAUUUCUUCAGUUGCAAGAAGGGUAAUCUGUUCCUCCAAUGCUUUGGUUAAAAUAGGAGGAAGUGCACUUCUUGUUUGCGCUGCAAAAGUGAAUCAUCAGAGAGUGGUGGAAGAUUUAAAUGAAUCAAAGUCUUGUGUUCCACUCAUUCAAUCUUUUGUUGGGAUGCUAAAUGCUUCAGAGUCUCUACAUUUGGAGGACCAAGGGGGUAAGAUUGCAAUUAGCAUCUCCAGGGAUUCUGAAGAAGAAUCAAGAAAGGAUGAGACGGAGAAAAGUACUUCGGUUGUUUCCGGGGUCAAUAUAGCUAUAUGGCUACUUUCAGCUCUUGCCAGUCGCGAUGACCAAAGUAAAGUUGAGAUUAUGGAGGCUGGUGCGAUUGAAGUUCUUACAGAGAGAAUUACUCAAUCUUUUACUCAGUUUACACAGAUUGAUUUCAAGGAGGACAGCAGCAUAUGGAUUUGUGGAUUGCUUCUGGCUAUCUUAUUUCAAGAUAGAGACAUCAUACGAGCACAUGGAACGAUGAAAGCCAUACCUGUGCUAGCUAAUUUGCUGAAAUCAGAAGAGUCAGCAAACAGGUAUUUCGCCGCACAAGCCGUAGCCAGCCUUGUCUGUAAUGGUAGCAGGGGAACUCUGUUGUCUGUUGCAAAUUCAGGUGCACCAUCUGGACUCAUAACAUUGCUUGGUUGUGCUGAUGAGGAUAUAAAGGACCUUGUUGCACUAUCGGAGGAAUUUGCCUUGGUCCGUAACCCAGAUCAAGUUGCACUUGAGAGGUUGUUCAGGGUCGAUGAUAUAAGGGUUGGUGCAACUUCUAGGAAAGCUAUACCAGCCCUUGUUGACUUGCUAAAACCUAUCCCAGAUCGUCCUGGUGCGCCUUUUCUAGCUCUUGGACUUCUGAUUCAGCUUGCCAAAGAUUGUCCUUCAAAUAAGAUUGUUAUGGUGGAAUCUGGGGUUCUGGAAGCAUUGACUAAAUACCUUUCACUUGGCCCACAAGAUGCAACUGAGGAAGCUGCCACUGAUUUAUUAGGUAUCCUAUUUACUACUGCUGAAAUAUGCAGGCACGAAUCUGCUUUUGGUGCUGUUGGUCAGCUAAUUGCAGUUUUACGUCUUGGUGGAAGAGGGGCAAGGUAUAGUGCUGCCAAAGCCUUGGAAAACCUAUUCUCAGCAGAUCACAUCAGGAAUGCAGAAUCAGCUAGACAGUCUGUUCAGCCUUUGGUUGAGAUUCUAAAUACUGGUCUAGAGAGGGAGCAGCAUGCAGCCAUUGCUGCAUUAGUUAGGCUUCUCAGUGAGAAUCCUUCAAAAGCACUUGCAGUUGCAGAUGUUGAGAUGAACGCAGUAGAUGUUCUUUGCCGGAUUCUUUCAUCAGGCUGCUCAAUGGAGCUGAAGGGUGAUGCAGCCGAGUUGUGUUCUGUUCUGUUUGGAAAUACAAGAAUAAGGUCUACAAUGGCUGCAGCUAGGUGUGUGGAGCCUUUGGUUUCUCUUCUUGUUACUGAAUUUAGUCCUGCACAUCAUUCUGUUGUCCGUGCAUUAGAUAAACUAGUGGACGAUGAACAGCUGGCUGAACUAGUUGCAGCACAUGGUGCAGUCAUUCCCCUUGUUGGCCUUCUUUACGGCAGAAACUAUUUAAUUCAUGAGGCUAUUUCUAGAGCUCUUGUUAAGUUGGGGAAAGACAGGCCUUCCUGUAAGAUGGAAAUGGUCAAGGCUGGGGUUAUCGAGAGUGUACUUGACAUUCUGCAUGAAGCACCAGACUUCCUCUGUGCUGCAUUUGCUGAAUUGCUCAGAAUACUGACAAAUAAUGCUACCAUUGCUAAGGGACCAUCUGCUGCAAAGGUGGUAGAGCCACUUUUUGUAUUGUUGACGAGACCAGAGUUUGGACCUGAUGGGCAGCACAGCACGCUGCAGGUCCUUGUGAAUAUCCUAGAGCAUCCGCAGUGCCGCGCUGAUUAUACCUUGACAUCUCACCAAGCUAUAGAACCUCUUAUUCCCUUACUUGAUUCUCUUGCUUCUGCUGUGCAACAACUGGCUGCUGAGCUUCUGUCUCACCUGCUUUUGGAAGAGCACCUGCAGAAGGACCCAGUUAUCCAUCAAGUGAUUGGUCCCUUGGUACGGGUCCUUGGUUCUGGUAUACCGAUUUUGCAGCAGAGAGCUGUGAAGGCCCUAGUCUGUCUUGCGCUGACUUGGCCAAAUGAAAUUGCAAAAGAAGGUGGCGUUGGUGAACUGUCUAGAGUGAUAUUGAAUGCUGACCCUUCACUCCCUCAUGCCUUGUGGGAGUCAGCUGCUGCAGUAUUAUCCAGCAUUCUGCAAUUUAGCUCUGAGUUUUAUCUGGAAGUACCUGUUGCAGUGUUGGUAAGAUUGCUUCGCUCUGGCUCUGAAGGCACAGUUCUUGGUGCAUUGAAUGCUCUCCUUGUGUUGGAGACUGAUGACUCCACCAGCGCUGGAGCUAUGGCNCGUGGACGAUGA